ACACACCUUUCCGUGUCAGGAAGGAGAAAGACGCACAGCAGCUGGUGUGCUUUUACUUGUGUCAGUGUGAACUCAGUGUGAGCAGCUCCUCUCCCCGUGUGUCUGUCUAUCCAUGCCCUCUGUGUAAACCUGCUCUGUCCGGAAUAUUUUGCCGUUUCACCGGAUCUGUGGAAUGAGUUUUAUUACCAACUGGAGACGCAGCGUGAAGAAAAAUGAAAGCAAAAAUGAUGCCGUGGAGGGGCAAGACAUCGCUGACAGCCCAGACUCCCCAAACCGGUUGUCAGUCAUAAACACCCCAGAGUUGGAUCCCAUCUUCACAGACUUCAAGUUACAGCUACCGGACAACAAAGAUGCUCUGCAGUCAACAGAUCCAUCAAAUGGGUGCUCGCGGUCAGACCUGUCGCUGGCUCUGGAGGACUGUAUGGCCGCCCUGGAUCUUUUCCUCAGAAACGACUUUGAGGAGGCGCAGACCCGGCUUAGAUGCAGAACCAAAGACAGCAUGUACCACGCUCUGACCUAUGCCACCAUCCUGGAGAUGCAGGCCAUGAUGACCUUUGACCCACACCACAUCCAGACUGCAGGAAACACCAUGAAGGAGGCCCAGGCCAUAUGUCAACGGCAACGCAAGAAGUCAAGCUUCUCCAAAAGCUUCACAGAAGAGGAACUCCAUGCUGAAGUUUGCUACGCCGAGUGUCUCCUGCAGAGGGCAGCACUCACUUUCCUUCAGGAUGAAAACAUGAUCAGUUUCAUCAAAGGGGGAAUCAAAGUGAGGAACAGCUACCAGACAUACAAAGAGCUUCACACAAUGCUCCAGUCCUCUGGAUACUCUCAUGGCGACAACCACAACCAUUUUGAGUGUGGUGUUAAACUGGGAGUAGGAGCCUUUAAUCUAAUGAUUUCCAUGUUGCCCACGCGGACGCUCAAGCUGCUGGAGAUUGUCGGUUUCUCUGGUAAUAAGGAAUUUGGUCUCCAGCAGCUUCAGGAGGGCUCUGCAGAAAGCACAUUCAGGUCCUUCCUAUGUAACAUGCUGCUGCUCUGUUAUCACACCUUCAUGAGCUUCAUAUUAGGCACUGGAGAAGGAGAUGUUCAAGAUGCAGAGAAACUGCUGCAGCCAUAUCUUAAAAAAUAUCCUAAGGGAUCCAUCUUCUUGUUCUUCGCUGGUCGAAUAGAGGAGAUCAAAGGCAACUUGGAUGGUGCUAUCAAGCGUUUUGAGGAGUGCUGCGAGGCUCAGCAGCAAUGGAAGCAGUUCCACCACAUGUGUUACUGGGAGCUGAUGUGGUGCUUCACAUACAAGAGGCACUGGAAGAUGGCCUACUUCUAUGCUGACCUGCUCAGCAAGGAGAACACCUGGUCCAAGGCUACAUAUGCGUAUAUGAAAGCAGCCUACCUCAGCAUGUUGACUGCGGAUGAUUGCCUAACCUUUGGGGAGACUGCGUUCACUCUGUUCAGGCAGGUUCCAGGGCUGAAGCAGAAAAUAGCGGGGAAAUCUUUGCCAACAGAGAAGUUUGCUAUCAGGAAAGCCCGUCGCUACCUUGCAGAAAACCCCAUUCCUCUUCCUGCUCCUCCACUGGAGAUGAUGUACAUCUGGAACGGCUACACAGUCAUUGGCAAACACAAAGACCUGACUGAAGGCAUGCUGAAAACACUGGAUGAGGCACAGACUAAUCUCGAGAGCAGCCCAAGGUCUGAGUUCACCAUAGAUGAUCAGUGUCUGCUAAGCCUCUUGAAGGGCCUGUGUCUCAAACACCUGGGGCAUCAAGAGGAGGCCGAACACUACUUUACCCUCGUCCUCUGCAAUGAGUCUCAGAUCAAGUAUGACCACUACCUGGUUCCUAAUGCCCUGCUGGAGCAUGGCCUGCUGUGUCUGGAGCAAGGCAGAAAAGCUGAAGCUAUAAGACUCCUAGAAACUGCUAAGCAAAAUUACAAAAACUACUCGAUGGAAUCACGGACACACUUCCGUAUUCAGGCUGCUCUGCACAAGGCCAAGGGCAUGGGGGAGAACGGCAUCCAUGUUCCCUCCAGCCCAUAACAGACAGAGGAGGGCACACUAGAGCAGAGAUAGUUUCUGUUUCCGCAGUCCCACAAUACACUCAGACCAGCCCAGCCCCAACCAUUUGGGCGGGCGAUUUGUUUUCCCAUCAGAAGGGUAGGGGAAGAUGGAUGCUUGUUUUUCUCAUUUGUGCGGCCCUUUCGGGCGACUGCAGUUCUGUGUGGCCCUGACUGGCUAAGGCAGGUUUGCUACGCCCUCUUUCAGAGAUAUAUUAUGAUGAACGUCACCUCCUUUUGUGAUUUGAAAUAGAGACAAGUUGAGAAAUGUGCCUAUAUUUAUGAACCAUUGCUUCUAGCAGGCUUGUUUGUUUAGCACUGUGGCCACCCAUAAGGGGCCCACUAGGAUAGGAAAUAAGGUGACAUUUGUGUAGAAUAGAAAUUGCAGAAUGCCUCCACUCCUACCCCAGAAUAAAAAUGUGCCCAGUUCAGGGUGGCAGGGUUGGAUCUAAUGGAGCCAUGGUACCAAAAACCCGCCAUACAAAUUACUUAUACUAACUCCACCUGGCCAGCAGCAUACCUUUUACAAAGCUCCCACACCACUUAAUUAAUUAAUUUAAUGUAAUUUUGUGAUUAUUGAUAAAAUAACUUGAGAUGGGAGAUGACAUAUUUAUGACACAUAAAUAUGUGUUGAUAUAGUUUGACAUCAGGUACAUAUUAUAUCAUGCAACUCAUCACAUGGUCGAUGAGGACUAUGAGACUGUUUUGUACUGUGUUAUUUUAUAGAUUUUGGUUGACAGGUUUCACCCAUAUUUAGAUAUUUGAUCAAAAUCAAUAUGACCUGAUUAGAUUUUUUAUAUGUUGGAUUCACGUUUACACUACAUAACCUUUGGUUGAUUGUGUUUCUCAGAGUGAGUUUCAUUGUGUAUUUUAAAUUUUCUUCCUUUCCUUAAAACCUACCAUCGAAAGACACACAUUUAUAUGGGAUACUUUAUUUCAGUUUCCUUCUGAAGACAUAAUUCAAUCUGCAAUCCUGUUACAAUAACCAUUACAUGUAAUGACUUUUGCACAGAACUGGGAAACCAGCCAGCCAUGCAAACUCUCCAGAGUCAAAGAAUCAGUUGCAGUGAGAGUUGUUCUUUACAUUUAUACAUCGUAAAUGGCACCUUUUGCACAAAUUAUCCCGUUUUAAGAGGACAGUUGAAUGUGUCUUUUUUCUGAAAGGCAGACUCCCUCAUUUUCUCCUCCUGCUGUGUGGGACAGGCUCCAACAGUACUUGAGCUUGAACAAACAGGCCAUUCACACUGAGCAGCGAAGGACUGCGUGCUUGUCCGCCUGUUGCAUCUUUAGUGAGUGAUGAAGGUCUGAAUGGGAACCAUCAUAGUCUUCCUGCUUUGUGGACGUCCUCUGCUGCUCUUGUAUCAGCCAUGCUUGACUACAACCAUCUAUAAAAGGACAUGAACAUCAUAACCACGCUCCUGUGUCAAAUAUUAAUCUGUAUAUGAACAAACACUUGUAAUGACUGAUGAUAAGACAGAAAGAAAGGGGUCACCUCUAA